UGAGAAAGAUCCUCCGUUGCGAGGUGGCAGCAUACAAUAGAUCACUGUCCACGUAUCAAUCGGACAGCCCGCAGUUCCGUGCGAUAUAACGCCACAUACUAAUUUUAUUUCAUUUUAUUAAACAAAAAUCCUCAACAGCUGCAGGUGGAAAUUAGGAAAGCCGAAGCCGGCGGCGGCGAGAGCGACGGGGGGUGGAAUCGAUCAAAGGUCUGAUAUGAAGAUUCUGAGAAGGAAAACGAAGUUUUGUGAUGGAAGUGCAGCUUUUUUCUUUUUCUUUUUAUUUAUUGGGAUGAGAUCGGGCAAAAUGGAUGUCACAAUUAGUGUUUUACACAAUUUCUUGUAGAUAAUGGAAGUGCGGGACCCUAGAUUGUGGGUUUUAAUGGCCACAAUUAAGGUAAAAAUUGGAUUUUUUGGGGCCAGGAUGCGAGCAAUUAUGUGGUGGGGCUAUCCUUGGAAAUGUUUUUGUAAGGGAAUCUGGAAUUCUAGGUCAUCUAAUUUAUAAAUUUUAGGUGGAUGUGGUUCCACAUCCAUUCGCUCUCAUUUAUUGAUGCCUUUAUGUGACAACUCUUUGGGUUCUUCCCCCUUUUACUUCCACUGGUUUCAUUAGUUACAGGUUGAGAAGUCUUUAAGGUGGGAUAUCUCUCAGGUUCUGGUGUAAUGUCAACAAUUUUUUUUAAAAAAAAUUUAGAAUUCGAUUCAUAGAACAUUUCGGGCAGAGUUGAAAUGAGAAAGGAGAAUAUUUGAGUUUAAGCAGGGAAAAUGGGUGUGGAAAAACAGAAGAAGUUUCUUACAGUUGCUCCUUUUGAAUGUGCAUGGCGCGAGGAGCUGAGAUUUAGGGAGGCUGGGCGAGGGUGUGUUGCCUUUGAAGCUUUUGCUCAAAAUGAUGUCACCUUGGUGUUCAGGGAGCAAGUGGGAAGCCAACAUUACCAUUACAAAAUGGAUAAUGGUCCAAAUUACACUGUAAUUCUGGGGAGCCAUAGGAAUCGAAGACUGAAGAUUGAAGUGGAUGGGAAGACUGCGGUGGAUGUUGCUGGUAUUGGACUGUGCUGUUCCUCGACAUUUCAGAGCUAUUGGAUCAGCAUAUAUGAUGGCUUGAUUAGUAUUGGCAAAGGAAAAUAUCCUUUCCAGAAUCCUGUCUUUGAGUGGCUUGACUCAAAUCCCAAUUAUAAUGUUCAAUAUGUUGGGCUAAGCAGCUGGGACAAACAUGUGGGCUAUAGAAAUAUCAUUGUCUUGCCCUUGACACCAAAUCACAACAGGCUCUGGAGCCAUAUUAACUACAAAGAAUAUGAUGUGGGGGAUGAUGAGGAUGGAAAUUUGGAAGAUGCUACUGACGGCUUUGAAAAAUGGGGGCUUUGGAAUUUUUUGGAGAGUUGGGAUCUUUCUGAUACAUUGUUUGUAGUUGGUGAUGAAAGUAAGGUUGUUCCUGCACACAUGGUUAUAUUGGGUGCUUCUGGGGAUUUCUUGUCUAGAUCAGUUGAUGGUAACACCAUUGUACUUCCAUCGACAACAUAUCCUGUUCUCCAUGCUUUUCUGGAGUAUAUCUAUACUGGUCGGACUCAAAUUGUUGAGUCGCAGCUUAACUCUCUGAGGGAUUUAAGCAUACAAUUUCAAGUCUCCCCAUUGACUAGGCAGUGUGAAGAAAUUAUAGAUCGUUUUAAAAUGAACAAAAGAUUAUUCGAUUUUGGUAUGAAAGUGGAAAUUGCAAAUGCUAGCUCUGAAGUUAGGCAGUUUAGCACCUUGCCCUUCGAACUCCCUCUUGAUGUACAGAAGCUCAAGCAUUUUUUUGCAACUGGUGAGCACGGUGAUGUAAACAUAUAUAUAGAGGGGCAUGGUCUUGUUGCCCGGUCACACAAGCUCAUUAUUAGUUUAUGGAGCAUGCCAUUUGCAAAGAUGUUCACAAAUGGGAUGAUUGAAAGUAAUUCUUCAGACAUUUGGCUCAGGGAUGUCUCUGCAGAAGCUUUUUCUGUCAUGCUUCAAUUUAUGUACAGUGGGGAACUUGAGAUGGAUAGCAUGGAAACAAGUUCCUUACUAAUUCCACUGCUUCUGCUGGCAGACCAGUUCGGAGUUACAAACCUUCAUAGAGAAUGCUGUAGAUGCCUUUUGGAUUGUCUAUCAGAGGAUACAGUUUAUCCCAUUCUACAAUCUGUUUCAUCAAUCCCUUCAUGUAAACUGCUUGAAGAAACUUGCAAGAGGAACUUUUCGAUGCACUUUGAUUAUUGUACAACAACCAGCAACGAGUUUGUGUUGUUAGAUGAGGCAACUUUUAAGGACAUUCUUCAGCAUGCUGAUAUGACUGUAACAUCAGAAGAAAAGGUUCUGGAUGCAAUUUUAGUAUGGUGCAUGCAAGCCUCUGAUAUCUGUGGCUGGGCUACAGUAGAUGAGAUCUUGGGUUCUUCGGCUCCUGAACAACUUUUUGGAGAGAGGCUUCCAUCGAUUGAUAUGUUGUUACCUCUUGUGCAUUUCCCUUUAAUGCCAUUGCAUUUGCUUCAGAAGCUAGAGAAGAGCAGGCUUAGCAGUCAGAUUCCUAUAUUUGAGCAGCUGGUGAAGGAAGCAAUUCAAUAUUCUGGCAUGGGACUUAAAAUGCCAGUAACUGAUCAGAAUUUCAGAUUCCAACACAGGCGGUCAAGCUAUAAGGAGCUCCAAUACAUAUCUGAUGGUGAUAACAAUGGAGUCAUUUAUUUUUCUGGGACAUCAUAUGGGGAACAUCAGUGGGUGAAUCCUGUUUUAUCUAAGAAAAUUACUGUAACAGCAAGCAGCCCUGCUUCUAGGUACACUGACCCAAAGACAUUGGUAUCAAGGGCAUAUCAGGGCACCUCUUUUGCUGGACCUCGGAUUGAAGAUGGCAUGAACUGUGCAUGGUGGAUGGUGGACAUUGGGCAAGAUCACCAGCUCAUGUGCAACUACUACACCUUGAGACAGGACGGCUCCACCACAUACAUGAGAUCAUGGGCUUUCCAGGGAUCUAUGGAUGGUGAGAAUUGGACCAACUUGAGAGUUCAUGAAAAUGAUCAGACUAUCUGCAGGCCUGGCCAGUUUGCAUCAUGGCCCAUAAUUGGCUCUACUUCACUGCUUCCUUUCAGGUUCUUUCGAGUCAUUUUGACAGGCCCUGCCACAGGUUAUUCGAACGUUUGGAAUCUCUGCAUAUGCUUCAUCGAACUAUACGGUUACUUCCGCUGAUUGAAUAAUAUGGAAAUCCUGCUGGAAAUAUCCUUCAAUGAUCCAUCAUAAAUUAAUGUGUACCCUGUGCAAGUAGAAUAAAAGGCAUUCUAAUGCCAGAUGUUGUUGUACAAACUCACAUGCUAGAUUUUACAUGCAUCUCCAGCUCACUUGGUGCACUUGCCCGUCCAUUCUGGAAGUCACUUUGUGAUGCUCAUCACCAUUAACUGGCUUGAGAGGUAGGUUGAUGAUGAAGCAUGCGAGCUAGCUAUUUAAAUUGCUAAAGUGUUUAUUGGUGUAAGUUUGAAUUCUCCAAUGAAGGAGAGGAAGCUCAAACUGGUGAAUGAAGGUCUCUCAAAUCAAAUAUUCCAUAUCGAGAAGAAGAUAUGCCUUUUGGAAUGGUUUUGACAAAUCAUACUGGACAUUGUUGUGAUUGCAAGUUUGGUAACCUGGGUUUAUGUAAAAGAACAGAAUGGUGGAAAGAAAGAAAUUAAAGAACAUUCCUCAACAAGCAACAUGAUUUAGUGA